UAUGUGUCUAGCUUUAUAAGGAACAAUCUAAUUCAUUUUUGUUGACUAAACAGACAUAACAGUUCAGUCAUAAGUCUCAUCAUGAGUUCAGAAGCUGAUAGUGGUAAAGGAAAACUCGUCCAGGCCGAAACAGAAAAUCUGCCUGAAGGAAAGGAAUUCACCACACAGUCAGAUAAUGGUGAGAAAAAGACAGAUUUUGAGUGCCCAGUGUGCCUACAGAAGGCAAGCUUUCCAGUACAGUUACCAUGCAGACACAUUUUCUGUUUCUUGUGUGUGAAAGGCGUUGCUAACCACAGUCGCCGAUGUGCAUUGUGCAGGCAGGACAUUCCAGAGGACUUCUUUAAUCAUCCCAAGGUGUUGACCGUGUUGUGUGAAGAGGAAGUAAAGGAAAAGUCAAGAGCUAUCUACGACGAAGGCUAUCAGUGGUUUUACGAGGGAAGGAAUGGCUGGUGGCAGUAUGAAGAGCGGGCAAGCAAUGAGCUUGAAGUGAAGUACAAAAAGGGAGAGAAAACAUUCGAGUUAAUGAUUGCUGGUUACAUGUAUAUUAUUGACUUGGAAAACAUGAAACAGAUUCGGAAGAAUCAUCAAUCACGAAAGAGAAGAAUCCGUAGAGACUUGAGAAGCAUUCCUGAUAUUAAGGGUAUUGCAGGACUCAAAUACCAAGAAAAUCAAAGUGUUCGUCCCAGUGGUGAUGGAAAUGAGGGUGCUACUGCAGAUGGGAACCAGAUUUCAAUUGCAAGCAGGGCCCAGCCAUCAGCCAGUUAUCACAGCCAUCUGUUAGGUAUGCCAGCAAGUGACUCGGGGCCUAGUGGCCUUGACGAUGCCUCACCAAUGCCCUCAGCCCCAAACAACACUCCUCAGACUCCCAUGACCCCUGCUGAUAGCCACCCAGGGAGCUUGUCGGGGUCACAAGAAGAUUUGCAUGUUAACUUUCAGAAUCUAAAUAUCAAUUCCAACAACUCUUCUCGUGGUUCACCCACACCAUACGGAAUGGACGCUAACCUUCACUACUCGCACUUGUCCCAUUCACCGUCGGAUUCUUACAGACGUCCUUAUGUAUCUGAUGAUGACACAAGUUUGGACAGUGUUGCCAGUGCCCAUGGUAUGCCACUGGAUGAAGGGUCAUCAGUGGAUUUGCCAAGUCUUGCUUCACAUGAUGAUGCAGCAGCUUCUAAUGCUCUGGAUGGUUCACCAGCAAACACUACCCAACCAGACUGUGAUGCUAACUUGGGGACUUUUGUUUGAUGAAGUACAUCUUAUUGUGAAGCUGUGAUAGCAAUUGCUGGUCAAACCAGUUUGCAUAAUAAUCCAUUGUGUGGAUAUCUAAAAUAUGAUUAUGCAAGUGAAACUGGAAAGUACAUUAUUUCCUCUGAUACUUAGUAUGAUUGAACAAAACAUAUAAACAGAACUUUUAUUGAUUACAUUGAUAAAAUAAUGGUAAUUGCUUCUGUAAAUUGUAAUUAUUAUAUGUAAUAUUCAUAUUUAUUAUUUAUACUAUCAUGCUAUUACUAUAACAGUAUAGUAGGGAUUUAGCUCACCCAGAGUGGCUGUGGGCCUUCCUUUUUAUGCUUCAUCCUUUUUGAAUAUGCUGCUACACUAUCAUUUGUAUUGCCAAAUUAUUGUUGUUCCUCAUUCAUUUGUCUUUUUUUUGUAAAUACAGACACACUCAACAUGCUUUAUUUGCUGGUGAUGAUGUUGAGAAACAUGCAGUAUUACUUGUGCUAGCCUCAUAUUUAUUUUUUCAUCAGGAACAAUAAAUGGAUGCUUGGACAUAAGAAGUUAAAUGUAAACAGCAAAAUUUAAUCACUAACAAUUACAAAGUUUACCCCACUAGGAUUUUUCACAAAAGAGUUGGCCCUGCCCCUUUUCUGGCCCUUCUGCCAUUUUUUUUAUCAGCUGAAUCCCUACUUUUAAUGCACGAAGUGCACAUUGCAGCUUUUGUUUGAUUGUUGAUAUAUUUGUAUUAUAUUAUUGUGAUAUAAUAGCAAAGUUCAUCGUGUACAUGGUUUUGUUUGAAACACUUUCAUCUGAAGUUAAGUACAUGUAUAUCAUAUACUGCUUAAGUAGUGAUGGAAAGGAAAGAUCUUUGCACAAUGUUAAUGAUUCAUAAGUCUUGGAACUGAGCAACUAUACUGAAAGAACUGUAUCUCACCAUACUCUUUUAUUUAAACCUCUUCUUCAGCAUCGUUUCACCACUGAUCAGAGUGACAAUUUUUGCUAUGUGCCAUUAUUUCUUAAUAUAUAUUAUGCAUGUUAAAAAUGAUUAUAAAGAGAGAGUUAAAAGGUUUGAAUAAUUAAACUCAACUGACUUAAUUAAUGAAUGUUCAAAAUCUGCAGCCCCAAUAAUUGGAUGCUUUCCAAUUGUCUGUGAGUUUUGUAUCAAGAAAUAUGAAGAAAGAUGUAGGGAAUUUACUUAAAAUGUGUUAUGUUUGUAGUUAAAUAAUAUUAUAUCAUGGCUUAAUUAUAAUGUGCCUUUCCUAAAAAACAUUCACUUACAUGUACAGUUAUGUUGUUAAUGUUAAAUCAAUAACAUGGAAUAAGCCUUUUGCAUUAUUUUUGUUAUCUUUAGUUUUUGUUUGUACAUUACUAUAAAGUCUAAAGAAAUUAA